CAGCACGCUGCUCUCUAGCUCUUCUGUCACGUUCAGCUUUCAAAAGCAUAUUACAACAUUUCUGCUGUGUUUUGUUUUAAAUGUCACCUUUUCAGAAUUCAGGUUUGUUGUUAUUUGAAGAAAAUGUUUGAGAAUUUUAUUUUCAUCUUUUUGUCAUGGAGUCUGGCUGGUGUGUUUGGUGAUGAAGUGAAGUCAGUGUCAGUGAUGGAGGGAGAUUCUGUCACUCUGCACAUCAAUGAUACUGAUACACAGAAAGAUGAUCUGAUGCUGUGGAGAUUUGGGCACAACAACAUUCUCAUCGCUCAAAUCAACAGACAGAUCAAUAAGAGCAUAUAUUAUGAUGAUGAUAGUGUUGAUGGGAGAUUCAGAGGAAGACUGAAGCUGGACAAUAAGACUGGAUCUCUGAGCAUCACAAACACCAGAACCACAGACUCUGGACUUUAUAAAGUAACUAGCAAGCGCAGAGAGACACCACUCAACACAUUUAAUCUUACUGUCUAUGCUCAUCCGCCCAUUCCUGUUAUCAGCAGUAACUCUUCACACUGUUCUUCUUCAUCAUCAUCAUCAUCAUAUUGUUCAUUGUUGUGUUCAGUGUUCAAUGUGAGUCAUGUGACUCUCUCCUGGUACAAAGGAAACAGUUUAUUGUCCAGCAUCAGUGUGUCUGAUCUCAGCAUCAGUCUCUCUCUACCUCUGGAGGUGGAAUAUCAGGAUAAAAACAACUAUAGCUGUGUGUUGAACAAUCCCAUCAGCAACCAGACCACACAUCUGGACAUCAGUGAAGUCUGUCACACAUGUGCAGAACACACCCUAACCAUAUUGUACAGAGUGCUGAUCUCUGCUGCUGGAUUUCUGUUGAUUGUUGCUACAGUUAUGAUCUUAUGCACCUGCAGGAAACAUAAAAAAGUAAACAAAGAAGAUCAGACAUGUACAGAAGAGAUCACUUACUCCGAAACAACAUUCUACAAAAGAAAAGCACAGAAAUCGAGAAAUCAAGAGGAAGAGGUGGUGUAUGCAGGAAUCGCUGUGAGAUGUUGAUCGGACUGUGGUUCUGAACUGUUAUACAUGUGAAAUUACCAAUGCUGAGUGACAUCUCGUCCUUAUGUUAUGUUGCAUAAAAUAAUAUAAUUUACAGCAGAGUACUUGCUCUGUAGAGUUAUUCCAUGUCAAAUCAACCAAAUUUCAGAAACCUCCCCGGAUCAGAUUUUGUAUUUUUUCUUUUUUUUUUCUGAUGAAAGAUAAACGUAUAUAGUGAUAAAAACCAAAAUACUAAAUGUCACAGAUGUAUAUUUAUGGAGUAAAGCUCUAUUUUGUAGAGGGGGGUCAAAAUUACAAUUUUCACCUGAGGUUGGAGUCAAAUUACAUGGGGGUAAAAUGACUGGGUAACACUUUACAAUAAGGUGUCAUUUAUUACCAUUAUUUAAUGUAUUAACUAACAUGAACAAACAAUGAGCAAUGCAUUUGUUACACUAUUUAUUAAUCUUUGUUAAUGUUACUUAAUGAAAAUACAGUUGCUCAUUGUUUAUUCAUGUUAGUUCACAGAGCAUUAACUAACGUUAACAAACACAACUUGUGAUUUUAAUUAUGCAUUAGUAAAUGCUGAAAUUAACAUUAACUAAAAUUAAUAAAUGCUGCAGACGUAUUGUUCAUUCUUAGUUCAGGUUUACUAAUGUUGUUAACUAAUGAACCUUAUUGUAAAGUGUUACCAAUGACUGUAGAAAGAUGGCAGCAUCAAUAUGUUAUUUUUACACAGAGGUUGGUAGAUCUGUUAUUAAUAUCUGUUGACAUCAGAAAUCUUUGUUGCAUUAUAUGCCAAUGGUGACAAUUCAAAAAUAGGAAAAAAGUUUUUUCUCCAAAGUUUGCAUGCCUGUAACUUAAGUAUUAAAUAUAUUCUAAUGCUCUUUUA